AUGUCACGGAGUGUCAGCAGGUUGUGUCCCUUGUUUGGCUGGAGUCACAGUAGCAACAUGUCACGGAGUGUGUCAGUAGGUUGUGUCCCUUGUUUGGCUGGAGUCACAGUAGCAACAUGUCACGGAGUGUCAGCAGGUUGUGUCCCUUGUAAGCCUGGAAUCACAGUAGCAACACGUCACGGAGUGUCAGUAGGUUGUGUCCCUUGUUUGGCUGGAGUCACAGUAGCAACAUGUCACGGAGUGUCAGCAGGUUGUGUCCCUUGUAAGCCUGGAAUCACAGUAGCAACACGUCACGGAGUGUCAGUAGGUUGUGUCCCUUGUUUGGCUGGAGUCACAGUAGCAACAUGUCACGGAGUGUCAGCAGGUUGUGUCCCUUGUAAGCCUGGAGUCACAGUAGCAACAUGUCACGGAGUGUCAGCAGGUUGUGUCCCUUGUAAGCCUGGAAUCACAGUAGCAACACGUCACGGAGUGUCAGCAGGUUGUGUCCCUUGUAAGCCUGGAAUCACAGUAGCAACACGUCACGGAGUGUCAGUAGGUUGUGUCCCUUGUUUGGCUGGAGUCACAGUAGCAACAUGUCACGGAGUGUCAGCAGGUUGUGUCCCUUGUAAGCCUGGAGUCACAGUAGCAACAUGUCACGGAGUGUCAGCAGGUUGUGUCCCUUGUAAGCCUGGAAUCACAGUAGCAACACGUCACGGAGUGUCAGUAGGUUGUGUCCCUUGUUUGGCUGGAGUCACAGUAGCAACAUGUCACGGAGUGUCAGCAGGUUGUGUCCCUUGUUUGGCUGGAGUCACAGUAGCAACAUGUCACGGAGUGUCAGUAGGUUGUGUCCCUUGUUUGGCUGGAGUCACAGUAGCAACAUGUCACGGAGUGUCAGCAGGUUGUGUCCCUUGUAAGCCUGGAAUCACAGUAGCAACACGUCACGGAGUGUCAGUAGGUUGUGUCCCUUGUUUGGCUGGAGUCACAGUAGCAACAUGUCACGGAGUGUCAGCAGGUUGUGUCCCUUGUUAG